CCUUUAACCAGCUGAGCUCAGUUUUUCUGUUCCGAUCAGAGCAGUGCAGCUUCUACUCUGUCAGUAGAUGAUCUGAGGUGGAAUGUGUGACCUGCAGUGACCUCUGACACACUCAGUCCUCCUCACCAGCAGGAGGCGCUGCUGCCCUGAAGUUUGUCUGCAGGUGUGAAGUGUGAUCUCGGUUCAGUCACUUCAUAGAGCUACAGGUGUCCUCCGAUGAAACGUCUCAGACUCUCUGCUGGGUCUGAUGUCGGAUCUGCAGCUGGAAAAUGACCCGUAAAGGACAAUAAGGGAGUUUAUUCGGGCUCAGAUUGUAAGUUUGAACAGCACCCGUUGCUCCAUGUGACGCCCAUCAGGAGAGACUCUAAGACAACAACCAUGAAGCGGAACAAGCAGAUCAACAUCAGACAUGCUCUUGCUCUGGCGGGCACCUUUAACUUCCUGUCCUGCUGCGCUAAAGCCUGCCUGCUGCCCUUCCUCACGCUCUACUUCAGACAGCUGGGCCUGACCCCGGCCAUGACCGGCAUCAUCAUGGGGACCAAGCACCUGGUGUCUCUGGUGUGGAGCCCUCUGGUCGGUCUGCUGUCCAAACACUACAACAAGAGGCGGCUGGUGAUCAUUGCGUCCCUUUUGUCUUCGGCUGCGGUCGCUCUGCUGCUGCUGCUUCUGCCGCCUGUAAACGUGGACGCACAGGUCAGCAGCUGCAACGUGUCGGGCCUGAGAGUCGGUCCGACGCAAAGUGUGGAGACCAAAGUGCUCACAAGUAGCGUUUCACCUGGAACUACAUCAAAUGAGACACACCCAGAAGCUCCUGUUUCCCCGUCUGUUGUCACUCCUCCCCACAACACGGUCAAAGAUACAAAAUCUCUUGUUAUGACGGGCAAACCUUCACCUCAACGGCAUGAUCACCCUCAUGAGGACACAUCAGUGGUGGUAAACAACAGUCUCACAACAGAAUCCAGUAUGAGCUCUGUCCAGACCCCAGUGAGGAAUAAGAGGUCUGAGGUGAAAUCAUCUCCGCCUCAGGGGGACAAACAGGAGGGCGGCUUUGACUUCAUGGGAAGCCUGAAGGCGAUGGACGAACCUCACCAGCUCUUCUUCAUGAUCCUCCUCAUCGUGUCGCUGUGGGAGUGCGUGUCCUGUCCUCUGGAGUGGACCGUAGACGACGGCUUGUACGAAUAUCUCGACUUUGCGGACGCCUCGGACCACUACAGCAGCACCGGGGUGUGGGGGCUACUGGGGGCGGCGCUUGGCGUCGGUGGAACCGGGUUACUGGUCAGCAGGUUGAACUGUCUCAUCGCCGCCAAGACGCCCAGGAUCGCUGCACAUUUCUACUUCUACGCCGGCCUGGUGGCUCUGAUCCUCCCCGUGGCCAUGUCCCUCCCUCUCCACCUGAACAGGAAGCGGGACCGGGCCAACAGGCUGCUGAAGGCCGUGCAGCUGAUCCGUGGUUCCCCCCACGCUCUGCUCUGCGCCUUCACCACCCUGCUGGUUGGAGUUGCGGGCUCGACCGUGGACAACUUCCUCCUGUGGCAGAUGCAGGAUCGCGGCAGCAGCGAGCUCCACGUGGGGCUGUCUCUGGCCGUCGCUCUGCUCUCACAGGCCGCCUUCCCUCUGCUGGCUGGGCGAGUCUCCAAACUCCUCAGCCCAGGGAGGGUCCUCACGGUCGGGGCUGCCAGUCUGGGGCUGCAGUGCUUCUACUACUCGUUCCUGUGGUCGUCGUGGGCUGCGCUGCCUGCACAGCUGCUCGACUGCCUCAGCGCCGGAGCCCUCUGGUGGGCCGUGAAGGUCCAGUGUGAGGACGUUGCCACGGCGGGGGCAGAGAGGAACAUGAGGAGGAUCUACGAGUCUCUGUCUCUGCAUCUUGGAGGUGGGCUGGGGAGCUUUGCAGGAGGGUUCGUGGUGCAGCAGUUUGGGCUGCCGUGGCUGUUCAGAGGGGUAGCGGUGGGGCUGAUGCUGUGGUGUGUGUUUCUUCCUCUGCUCCAAUGGAAAGCCCCUCGCCAGCGCAGGAUUAACUACUCCCGUCUUCUGGCAGCCGAGGCGAGUGAAGCCAGUGACUCCGAGUCUGAGCAGGACAGAGACUGGCUGGAUAAAGCCAUGGACACUGACGGAGGAAAUAGCAGCUACGGACAGAGAAGAAACCAUUGAACUCUGUAGUGUGAGACAAGGACACAUAGAACAGUGCAGAGAUUCACAAAAAUCAUCAAAUAAUUUCUAUCGGCAUGAAUUGGAGCCUCACUCAGACACGUCACUCUUAACCCUGUAAAACCCACCUUUGCAAAAAUACAAUAUCAGUUUUAGUUUUAUUUUAUUUCUUCUUUUGCAGAUUUUUUCUGUUUUUGGGCACAUAUGUGUG